AUGUUUGAUCCUUACCAUCUCAAAUUGCAGCUGACUGAACUUUUCUCUUCUCGUUCUUUGCAGGAACAUCCGUUACAUGAGUCUACUCGUAGGUCUAUAGUCAAGAAAAUCGACUUACAUGCCCUUCCAGUUCUUUCACUAUUAUGGCUGGCUUGCUUUCUUGAUCGAACAAAUGUUGGCAAUGCCAAGGUCGGUGGAAUGGAUGACACCUUAGGCCUGGUAGGCUUACAAUAUAACAUCGGACUAGCUAUCUUCUACGCGUCAUAUAUAUUUGCCGAACUGCCUUCUAACUAUCUACUCAAGCAAGUGGGCGCAAAGCUAUGGCUUCCAUUUUUAGUUGCGAGUUGGGGCGCUGUCACUAUCCUAAUGGGAUUCAUGAAAAAUUAUUCAUCACUCCUUGCUUGUCGGUUUUUCUUGGAUCCGCCAUCCUUCUCACAUAUUUUCUUGAUUCCGCAGAUGAUGUAUCUCUCAACUAUGUAUCAACGCAACGAACUUCAGCUCCGAGUAGGAGUCUUCUAUGUAUUUGCCCCGCUUAGUGGGGCCUUUGGAGGUCUUUUGGCAUAUGGAAUCGAACAUAUGGAAGGCGUUGGCGGGCUGAAAGGAUGGCAGUGGAUGUUCGUUUGGGAAGGCAUUGGCACCGUUUUGGUCGCCAUCUUUGGGGUGUGUUAUAUGCCCAAGAAUCUAGCCACUGCUUCCUUCCUUACUCCGGAAGAACGUCACUUCGCAGCCUCCGAGGAGAAGGUCAAAUCGGGGGAGGAUAAGCUAAACGAGAUCACCAAUCAUCACUUGAUUCACGAGGAGUUUGAAAUGCGUGAAGUGAUUCGAGGGUUUAAGGAGCCUCAAGUGUGGAUGACGGGAUUUGGCUACAUGGGCUUAUCGGUAUGCAUAUACUCCUUUGCCUUGUUCUUACCUACCAUUGUACUGGGAAUGGGUCAUUCAGGCCUAGAUGCGCAACUCCAUUCUUCUUUCCCGUACCUACCCGCAUCUGUGCUGGUAUUGAUUAUGGCCUUCAUUGGUGAUCGGUUACAAUUGAGGGGUCCUAUCAUCUUAUUGCUGACCCCGAUUGCCAUGGUAGGUUAUAUCCUCUGUAUUACCGCAGAUUCCAAUGAUGCGCGAUAUGCGGGGGUCUUUUUAAUAGCUGCGGGUAUAUAUCCUGCCACACCUUCCAUUCUGUGUAUCCUUCCCAAUAACGUAGCAGGGCUGACUAAAAGGGGUACAGUCACGGCAUUACACUUGAUGAUAUCCAACUGUGGAGGAUUUGUAGCCACAUUCAUCUAUACACGUGAACAAGCCCCAAGAUAUAAAAAAGGACAUUCUAUUGCCUUGGCUUUCUUGGUAUUUGCUUGGACAAUGUUCUUUUUGAAUUCAAUGUAUUGCAGGAAGGAGAAUAAAGCUAGAUCUAAUCAUAAAAGAGAUUCAAAUUUAAUGAAGUAUGAUCAAUUAGUAAAAGACGGCAAAACAAAUGCACCUAUUGGUGAUAGACAUCCUAAUUUCAAGUUCACCAUCUAG